AUGCUGUUGAUGAAUUGUUUGUGCCCUCCCCUUUUUUGUAUUUCUUUCUUCUCUUUGCCUCUCUGUGAUGAGGUGGGGUGGUCUCAUAUCACAACAGACCACUGCGUAUUGACUCCUGCGUCUGUAUGUAGUGUUGAGCCAAAUUUUCUCAGCUACAAAGAAGCGUUCGGUAUCCAUUCUUCUAUUUCUCACUUACUUUUCAUCUCUUUCCUUCGUUCUUGUUCUCUCUUUCUCUCCCCAUCUACUUCUCCAUUUUUUUUACCUACCCUCGUCUCCUCUUUCUAUUAUAUCUGCACAUCUAUCCCUCCUCCUAUCCCUUUCCUAUUCUCUCUCUUCUUUUCAUCUCUUUACUUCGUUCUUAUUGUUUCACUCUCUCUCUCCCCUUCUUUAUGUUUCCUCUGUCUAUUAUAUCUACUCUAUCUAUCCCCUCUCUACGUCUUCUAUUUCUCUCUUCUUUUAGUCUCUUUCCUUCGUUCUUAUCCCCUUUUACUCUCCUCUUCUUUACGUAUCCUCGUCUCCAUUCUAUCUACACAUCUAUCCCUCCUACUAUUCCCCACUAUCUCUUAUUUUCAUCAUCUUCUUUUCAUCUUCUUCUUCUUCUCUGUCUUUUAG